AUGUCUAAAGUUCCAGCAGCAGGAGUUUGGGCUCCGGCAAUCACGUUUUUCGACCCAGCAACCGACGAUCUCGACCUUGACUCACAAAAAGCAUACUACAACUACUUGUCGAAAUCCGGCCUCACAGGACUUGUCAUUCUGGGUACAAAUGCCGAGACAUUUCUCCUGACACGAGACGAGCGUGCCUCACUGCUGAAAUGCGCGCGCGAGGCCGUAGGUCCUCAAUAUCCCCUCAUGGCAGGCGUGGGCGGUCACUCGACAAAACAAGUGCUGGAAUACAUAGCCGAUGCAGCCGAUGCAGGAGCUGAUUAUGUUCUUGUCCUNCCCCCUGGAUAUUUUGGUCCUGCGACCACGGAGAUUGUGGUUCGCAACUUCUACGCCCAAGUUGCAAAAGCUUCGGCCCUGCCAAUCGUGCUCUACAACUUCCCAGGAGUCUGCAACGGCGUGGAUCUUUCGUCGUCUCUGAUCGCGGAGCUGGCAAACACACAUUCAAACAUUGUUGGCGUGAAGCUGACCUGCGGUAGCGUGGGCAAGAUUACAAGACUGGCCGCACAACUUCCUGCUUCUCGAUUCAGUGUGUACGGUGGACAAUCCGACUUUCUCAUCGGUGGAUUGAGUGUUGGAAGCGCCGGAUGUAUUGCAGCUUUCGCAAACGUGUUCCCCAAAACAAUAAGUCGCAUCUACAAGCUCUGGACCGAGGGACAGCACGAGGAGGCCUUGAAGCUGCAUCGCGUGGCUAGUCUGGCAGAGGAACCUUGCAAGGCAGGCAUUGCGAGUACAAAGUAUGCAGCUAGCGUGUUCUCGGCUCCCAAGGCUGGUAUACAAGAUGCGGAGGUCAAACUGAGACCUCGCCAGCCAUAUCCACCAGCAGGAGAAGCAGUACAGAAGAAGAUCCGGGAAGUCAUGGCCGAGAUGAGCAGGCUGGAAGAUUAA